AUAUCUCCCAAGGUAACAUCUUUUCAUCUUCGAGGACAAUUCAUUUAAUAUCAAAUAGGGUUCCUCCAGUUUGUGCACAUUUGUACUUGUAAAUGUAUGAAAUCUAUACAUUAUCGCGAUUUCGGGGCAUUUGGAAGGCAAUUAGAGGAAUCAAUCGUUAUUAUGUUCUCUAGGGGACAAAAGGGGGAAAGGGUCGCAGCCGCAGGGCGUUUCUGAAUACAAAUUCUGAGAGUAUUCGUGAGAAAUAGCCCUUUUCUGAGUAUAGCCUAAAAUUGCUAUCUGUUGUUAUUGCUGUUGUAAUAUUAUAUAGGAAGCCAACACCAAAUGAUAUUCUUUAUAGGCAUUGGUGUUGAAACGCUCACAUGCAUCACAACGUUCUCUUCCUCUAUCACUAUUAAGCGACAUCGUGAGGGUAUUGUAGUCAUUUCAUUUCUGCUUCCACCACGUGAGGUGCGCAUGCUGUCCGAUUCGACGCCUGAAAGAGCACGACCUCGCCACACGCUUUCGCGUGGAAAUAAACCCAGGCCACAGUCUUCGCUGCACCAACUCACCCCUAUCGAAAUUAAGAACAAUCAGUGA